AUGAAUGUUAGUUUUCAAUUUUAAUAAUCGAUAUAAUUUUUAGUUUUCUUCGCGGAAAAAAACUUUUUCAAAUUAAUCGUCAAAUUAUUCUUCGAAAAUCGUUUUUCUAAUAAUUUUGUCAUUUUAAAACAUAUUUUUUAAAAUGCCCGUUUAAAAUCAUUUUAAACAUUGCGCUGUAUUCAUUGCUUUGUAAAAGAGCUCUUUCAAAAAACACCUGAUUUUUUUUUUUUUUUGAAACGCCGAAUGUUUUGAAGGAAAAGUAAAAAAAAAAUGAGUUGAUCGUACUUUACUCCGAAAAACUGACUCAUUUUCGAAGCAAAGCCCAUAAUUCUUUUUUCAACUGACGUUAAAAGUGAUUACAAACUCAGGUGUGGAAAAACAAAAUUACACUAAAAUUAGAAUUGUAUUAUCAAGCGUGAAAAAGUGUGUGCUUGUAUGGGGAGUGGAUCCAGUGUGAGUUUUUGCCGCUCAGAGGAAAGGCAAGAAUCGGAGAGUGACUCGUUCGAAAUGGACAUGAGAGUAAGAGAAUUGGAAGAAAAAGUAUCGAACUUGGAAUCCCUAUUAAGGGAAGCAGAAGGGCAUGUAUCCCAAUUGAGAAAGGAAGUGGGAGUUCGAGAUAAAAAGAUAGAUUCAUUAAUGAGAGAAAUUCACAAAUUAAAGUCGGUAUUGGAAAUAACUGCUCAUGAAAAAGCUCAGGGAAAUAACAUAUCUAACUCAGCUCCAAAACAGGAUAACCUGGAAAUUAGUCCCUUACCGGUCACUGGUGGACCCUCUGGUAAAAAGCAGGGAGUGUCGGGAGAAAGUGCUGUGACUCUUUCGUCGAAAGGGGCUGCUGACUAUCAAAUACAGAAACAUGAAAAAGAUUUUAAAUCGAAGCAGUUGAUUAAGGAUGCUAUUUUGGGCAACGAUUUCCUCCAGCAUAUGGUAUCUUCAUCACAGGUGAAAGAAAUUGUUGACUGCAUGUAUCCAAUAGAAGUAUCGGCCAAUUCCAUGGUUAUACAAGAAGGGGAACCCGGGAGACACCUGUAUGUCUCAGCAGAAGGAGAAUUGGAGGUUAAGAAGAGUGAUUCGGUACUAGGCAAGAUGGGACCAGGAAAGGCUUUUGGAGAACUAGCUAUACUCUACAACUGCACUCGUACAGCAACUGUGAGAGCUGUAACUGAUGCCUUAUUAUGGGUUUUGGAUCGUCGAGCUUUUCAGACUAUAAUGAUGGUUACUGGAUUGCAAAGGCAAGAAGAGAAUAUCAACUUCCUGAAAAGCGUUCCAUUGCUGCGGAAUCUCAACAAUGAAGUUCUUUCUAAAAUGGCUGAUGUACUGGAAGUGGACUUUUAUCCUGAUUCUGAGUACAUAAUUCGUCAAGGAGAAACAGGAGAUACAUUUUUCAUCAUCAGCCAUGGAAAGGUACGAGUUACUCAGAAAAUGAUCACAGAUGAUGGAUUAGCUACUGAACAAGAUAUUCGAUGCCUUGAAAGAGGGGAUUACUUUGGAGAACAAGCUCUACUGAGAGAAGAUAGGAGAACAGCAAAUGUAAUUGCAAUGGAACCUGGUGUGGAAUGCUUAACCCUUAAUCGAGAAUCUUUCAUUCAACUUAUUGGAGAUCUGCAGGAAUUACAAACAAAAGAUUAUGGAGAUGAAGAAAGAAUAAGGAGGAUUUCUAAUUUGUCAUCAACUCCUAUGAGUGUAGACGAAGAAUACAAACAUAUACUGUUGGAUGAUCUUGAUGUUUUAGCGACUCUCGGCGUUGGUGGUUUUGGUAGGGUUCAGCUAGUACAAUACAUUUAUGAUAGGAAGAAAACCUUUGCUCUUAAAAUUCUGAAAAAAAGUCAUAUAGUGGAAACACAACAACAGCAGCAUGCUUUGAGCGAAAGGGCAAUUAUGAUGUCUUGCAAGCAUCCUUUUAUAUGCAGAAUGUACAAGACAUUUAAAGAUGAUAGAUAUGUUUUCAUGUUGAUGGAAGCCUGUUUGGGUGGCGAAGUAUGGAGCAUACUACGUGACAAGGGCUGCUUCGACGAUCAUACGACACGAUUCAUCACAGCUUGCGUUACAGAAGCAUUGGAAUAUCUUCAUCAAAGAAACAUCAUCUACAGAGAUUUGAAACCAGAAAACUUGUUAUUAGAUGAAUAUGGAUACGUGAAAUUGGUAGAUUUUGGAUUUUCUAAAACUUUGCCGAGUGGACUUAAAACAUGGACAUUCUGCGGUACACCUGAAUACGUUGCUCCCGAAAUAAUACUUAACAAAGGUCACGAUAAGGCUGUCGAUUUUUGGGCUCUGGGGAUCAUGAUGUAUGAACUCCUGACUGGAACGCCUCCCUUCUGUGCUUUCGAUCCAAUGAAGACAUACAAAGUUAUUCUAAAAGGCAUCGAUGCUCUCGGAUUUCCAAAUUAUAUCAGCAAGCAUGCUAUCUCUUUGAUGAGGAGACUGUGCCGAGAAAAUCCCACUGAGCGGUUGGGGUACCAAAAAAGUGGCAUAACAGAUAUCAAAAAGCACAAGUGGUUUCAAGGUUUUGAUUGGGAUGGAUUGAGAAACCGUAACCUGAUUCCACCCAUUCAGCCAAAAGUCAGAGAUUCUACAGAUGUGUCGAAUUUCGAUGUCUAUCCAAUCAUGAUAGAGGAAUCUCCUCCAGAAUUCUCAGGCUGGGACAAAGACUUUGACUGUUCUACGAAUCGAUGAUGUUUUUCUGCUAAAGGUGCUUCUUAAGUCAUGUGAUACGCGUAUUAAAGUUCCUACAUCGCCGAUAAUAAUUCUCGAGCUCAAUCAGUAUUAGAAUAUUGGUGUAUGAGGCUACAAAAAUGAAACUUCGAUGUUAAUGCACAAAGAGAAAUGUCAUUAAUUCAACGUAUUCAUAUCGGAUUCUAAUUUCAGAUUCUAGAAUCCUAUGAGAAUUCGUACUAUCAAAAUGUUCUGAAAUGUGAAUAGUGUGUUCUAAAUGCUGACGCAUGUGCUACAAGUCUCCUUUGUUGAUUUCAACAUAUGAAAAUCAUCAGGCAUCGUAAUAAGUUUUAGAUUGGAGUGUGUAAUGCAAACUAAAAAAAUUUAGAAAUGUAUUCCUACUAUUAAGUAAAUUUCAUAGCAAAUUUUAGCGCAUGUUGAUAAAUUUGUCUUUCAAUUGAACCAAACUGGGUUUGGUUCAAUUGUCUGGGUUGUCUGAGUUUUUAAAUUAAACUAAAUAUAAAAUGUCGCCAGUUAAAUGUAAUUUUUCAGAAAUCUUAAGUUUUCAAAACAUGUAAUUAAUGUUUGUUCCGAAAAGUACACCCAAAAGACGACAACCUACAGAAAAAUGCACAAGUUCAACGAUUCCAUAUGAAAUAUAAUGACGUAAAGAAAUGAAUUAUGAUAAAUUGUAAAAAACGGAGUUGAAAUUACUGGAGUUCAUCGCAACCUCAAUUAUGUGAACUAAAUUUGUUGUUGAACUUUCGAUGCAUAAGAUAAAAAGUAAAUGUGUCAAUGGUUGCAAGUGCCAAAAAGUGCAGACAUGUUUCUCGUGCUUAGUAGAAUGAGAAAUUCUACAAAAUUAGUUAAACAUUGAAAAUAUAUGAUUAGCAUUUGCAUCGGAAUUCUAGAUAGUGUGCACAAGCGUCGCUGGAGGACUUGUUUAUUGGACGAUGGAAGAGCUAUAACUAUCCUUAUUUUCUACGUUAAGUUCUUACGUAUUGUUACGUUACACGUAAAGUAUGUUUUCAAUAUUCAGAGAUUUUGCACUCCUCUCCGCUCAGUCCACUGCGUCUUUCCAAUUGACUAGUUAAACCUUUUUUUCUGUAAAUAUUUACUUCGCAUUUGUGCAAAAUUAAUCUGAAAGGAAGUAACGGUUAUGGUGAAAGAACGCAUUGGACCACAAGCACUGUAAAAAAUGGAUACUCGAAUUUAACAAAACUUUCUUCAUUUUUGACGAAAUCGUCUCCUGGCAUAUGCUCGGAGCAAACAUUUCGGCAAAGUGACGAAAUAACUAUCGUUAUUUCUUUGGGGGAAAUUUUUUUCCAAAAAGAAGGCAACAUUGUAGCGUCUAAUGUAUAUGACUUUCCAAUUUUUUUUUUUUU